AGAGAGAGAGAGAGAGAUGAAUCUUCAGUUGUCUGGUUUUUCCUUUUGUCAGUUUCAUAUAAAACUCAAGUACGUACUAACCUAUCCAUGGAUCGAGAUACAUGUGUCUGUCUGAUAUGAUAAAAAACAAAGAUGCACAUGAAUACAUGAUAGUAACCACUAUUCAAACAGUUUAGAUUCUUUAGAAUAUGCUUUUCUCUGAGAUUACUUACCGGCGGGUCCUUUUGCGCUACACUAGUACUCUCUCAUCAUAAACAACAAUAUCAUCGUCAACGGUGUGUAUAUUGGUGUAAUCAAUCAGCAUGGGAGAAGGAGAAGGAGAAGAUCGAUAUCCCCCAUUUUGUAGCUGUUGGAGUUGGACGGAGGACCACUAGCUAGUAGUAUUUUGACAGACUAACUGCAACUGGGUCAUCGAUCAAGGGCCUUAGGACCUCCAGAUUUAGUCGUCUUGACCCUCGAUCCAAUUCUAACCCCCCUCCUUCACCACAACUCAAAACCAUCAUGAAAACAAGAAAACUUUUUGGGAUUUCUCUCUCUUUACUUAUCAUCAACAUGGCCGCUAUAAUGGAGCGUGCAGAUGAAAACCUCCUCCCAUCUGUCUACAAAGAAGUCAGUGAAGCUUUCAGUGCUGGGCCAUCUGAUCUGGGGUAUCUGACAUUUACAAGGAACUUUGUGCAGGGACUGGCAUCACCCUUGGCAGGUAUAUUAGUAAUCAGCUAUGACCGACCUACAGUUCUUGCAAUGGGUACCCUGUGCUGGGCCUUAUCAACAGCUGCAGUGGGCGCAAGCCAGCAUCUUAUGCAAGUAGCAUUCUGGAGAGCAGUAAAUGGGUUUGGACUGGCUAUAGUGAUUCCAGCACUUCAGUCAUUCAUUGCUGAUAGCUAUUUGGAUGGUGUGAGGGGGGCUGGAUUUGGGUUUUUGAAUCUUGUCGGGACUGUGGGUGGAAUUGGAGGUGGCGUUCUCGCUACAGUUAUGGCUGGUCAUGAGUUUUGGGGGCUGCCUGGCUGGCGUGUUGCCUUCAUUAUGAUGGCUACUCUGAGUUCCCUUAUUGGGUUCCUUGUAUUUCUGUUUGUGGUUGAUCCAAGACGAAGAGUUACCCUUGAUCACGAUGGUGCUGAUUUUUCUGAUAGGGAAGAGUUAGUAGAUAAGAGCACUGUCAAUGCAGCAUCAAUUUGGCGGGAGUCGUGGACAGCUACAAAAGCAGUUGUGAAAGUGCCGACAUUUCGGAUUAUUGUUAUGCAGGGCCUUGUGGGUUCACUACCAUGGACAGCCAUGGUGUUCUUCACAUUGUGGUUUGAACUAAUUGGUUUUGAUCAUAACAGUGCAGCUGCACUACUCAGUCUUUUUGCCGCCGGAUGUGCAAUUGGAUCCCUCGUCGGUGGAAUAAUAGCAGACCGAAUGUCACAAAUCUACCCUCACUACGGUCGAAUCAUUUGUGCGCAGUUUAGUUCUUUCAUGGGCAUCCCUUUCUCAUGGUUCCUUCUUAAAGGGAUCCCCCAGUCAGUCAGCAGCUAUUAUACCUAUGCUGUCACCCUUUUCCUCAUGGGUCUCACCAUCAGCUGGAAUGCCACUGCUGCAAAUGGCCCCAUGUUUGCUGAGGUGGUACCCCCGAAACACCGGACCAUGAUUUAUGCAUUUGAUCGCGCUUUUGAAGUUUCCUUCUCUUCUUUUGCCGCCCCCGUUGUUGGUAUCCUUGCAGAGAAGAUAUAUGGAUACGAUUCGAAAUCAGUCGAUCCAAUUUUGGGUUCUCCGAGGGAAGCCUUUGCAUUGUCGAGAGGGCUUUUCUCGAUGAUGGCAGUUCCGUUCGGUUUGUGUUGCUUGUUUUACACGCCUUUGUAUCGUUUUUUCAGGAGAGACCGCGACAAUGCUAGAAUGGGCAGUUUGAAGGAAGAAGCGAUGAUUUGAACAGCUGUAUUGGGGUUUCAGCGUAUUGAUUUAUGGAGAAGUUUUUCUUCAAUCAUGUCUUGGAGACAUCACGUAUCGAGAUUUGUUUUCUUAAAAGGUGAGUCAUACUGUGUAUUGGCUAGCCUUUGGGCCAUUUUUUUGCGGAGCGAUCCGCUUUGCAUCUCCGCAAGGGAUGUUUUAUAACGGGAGACCUGCAUUGUAGGGAAGAAACUAACUUCUUCACUCAUUCUAUUCUCAGUGAUGUUCUGUAA